CUUCCUCGAUCGGAUGAUGGCUGCAAACGAUCCAGUUCAAGAGAGACAGCUUGUUCUUAUGGAAAGAAUGAGUAGAAGAAUUGAUUCGAUUCUCGAAGGGCAAAAGAAACUAGAAGAUACGAAUGCAGUCCUUCGGCAAGAAAAUGCAAAGCUGAAGAACCAACUUGCGAGUCUGGAAGGGCAGUCAAAGAAGAAAAGCAACAAACGUUCUAAAAGCUCUCGCAGAGAAUCAAAUGUUGUGAUUCCAAAUGACUUAAGGAAACGGUUUCGGUUCAUCUACAAAAAGAUGGUAGAAAAAAAAGUGAUACAAGGUUUCAUCAUUGAUGAGGAUCCACAGUCAGAGAGAAACCAGAGUAUUUUUACAAAAGUGAAAGAAGUAUUGAAAAAAGAGCAUGGAGGAGAAAGCUGCCUAUGGACUGACUUACAAAUGGAAGCUCAGUUCUAUCGGUAUUUCAAAACAACUAAAGAAAGAGAGCAGAGGAUAAGAAAAGGGAAAAAUGAAUAGCAUAAAGAAAGGUGCAAAAGGAGCAGGCGUUUGCUAAAUAAACUGGAAAGGCGUCAGUCAUCCUAUGAGAUGCUACAAGCUUCUAUGACACCAAAAGAAAAACAGUAUUAUAGUGAAAUCCUUUACAUUGAUUACAUGAGCAGCGAAGAAUCAGAUUAUGAGGAGCAAGAAGAUUUCAUUACUGGUGAAAAAGAAAAGAAACUGGCAAGAUAUGUAACCAAGAAGCUAUCUUGGGAAAGAACAAGCUUGACAAAUGCAAAAGCCAGGCUAGACAGAACCUACAAAAAUAAUUUGACCCCCCAUGCCAGGGCAAUGGCUAAGCCAAGGAGUGUUGGUGGCAUGUCGGAGAGGCCUGCACCUGCUGGCCCACUUUGGGCUGUCAGGCAGAUAAACAAUGAGUCAUGAUUGAAAAAAUACUUAACACUUUUUCUACUUUUUAUUCAUUUAUUUAUCAUGUAUUUAAUGGCAAACUGAAGUAAUUGUUUUGUUAGAACAAAUUAUUGUCAUCUAGAUCACAGGGAUAGUUUCUUCCAAGUAUUGUUAAAUUUAUUGACUUAUGAUGGGGAAAAUUUGUUCCUGUCAAGUGUAAAUAAGCUAGGUAUGUGUGACAUUUUAACCCUUUAACUCCCAAGAUCUGAUUGGUAAUUAUCCUCUCCAGUUGCUACAUAUUUCCCUGUAACUUAGUUAUGAGAAUCUGGUGUUAGAUCAAGACAAAGACCUAUACCUGAUAAGUUUGAGAAUUCUCAUUAUCUCUUUGCUGGAUAAGGUAUGGAUAUUUUAGGGAGAAGUUACUUGUUAAUCACUCCUGGGAGUUAAAGGGUUAAUUACAAAUAGGCAGUAGCUUUAAGAAUGUGUACCAGUGAAUUUAAAAUAAAAGAAACUUGAAACAUA